AUGCCCGCACAACCAGAAGACGCCCGCACAACCAGAAGACGCCCGCACAACCAGAAGACGCCCGCACAACCAGAAGACGCCCGCACAACCAGAAGACGCCCGCACAACCAGAAGACGCCCGCACAACCAGAAGACGCCCGCACAACCAGAAGACGCCCGCACAACCAGAAGACGCCCGCACAACCAGAAGACGCCCGCACAACCAGAAGACGCCCGCACAACCAGAAGACGCCCGCACAACCAGAAGACGCCCGCACAACCAGAAGACGCCCGCACAACCAGAAGACGCCCGCACAACCAGAAGACGCCCGCACAACCAGAAGACGCCCGCACAACCAGAAGACGCCCGCACAACCAGAAGACGCCCGCACAACCAGAAGACGCCCGCACAACCAGAAGACGCCCGCACAACCAGAAGACGCCCGCACAACCAGAAGACGCCCGCACAACCAGAAGACGCCCGCACAACCAGAAGACGCCCGCACAACCAGAAGACGCCCGCACAACCAGAAGACGCCCGCACAACCAGAAGACGCUGCGCGGACCUGGCUGCUCUUGCAGGCUUUCAAAGUGAAAUAA